AUGGGUCGAUCAUUUGCCCACAUCAUUGUUGUGGUUUUAUUGGUAAUGGUUGUAGCAAUAGUAGAGGCUACUCCCCCUGGAAUAGCUGACCAAUAUCCAAGCCAUUCUCAUUGCUCUGAUGAUGAGAUCAAACAAUGCAAAAAUCUUCCACAUGUUUGUCCCAAAUUCUGUCCUAAUGGCUGCAUAACUGAGUGUCGUUCUUGUAAACCUAUUUGCAUCGAUGGACCAUCACUUUCACCUCCCUAUAACCCUAGUCCUACAUCAACAUCUCCAAAGAAGGUUAAGUGCAAGAACAAGAAUUAUGUCAAAUGUUAUAAUCAAGAACAUACAUGCCCUAGCACUUGCCCCGGUACUUGUCAAGUUGAUUGCGUCUCUUGCAAACCUGUUUGUAGUUGUGACAAGCCGGGAGCAGUUUGCCAAGAUCCACGUUUUAUUGGUGCAGAUGGAAUUACUUUCUAUUUCCACGGAAAGAAAGACAGAGAUUUUUGCCUGGUCUCUGACUCUAACAUCCACAUUAAUGCACACUUUAUAGGAAAACGAAAUGAGAAGAUGAAAAGAGACUUCACUUGGGUUCAAGCCAUCGGUAUUCUUUAUGGUACGCACAAGAUCUCAAUUGCAGCACAAAAGACAACAACGUGGGAUGAUGCCAUUGAUCGUCUUUCCCUUAACUUUGAUGGUGAAUCUAUUGUUCUCCCAAACCACGAAGGGGAAAGGUGGAUGUCUGAAUCUGGACCAACAACAUACAUCACUCGAACUAGCAACAACAACGAAAUUGUGAUCGAAGUUGAAAACAUUUUCAAGAUUACAGCAAAGGUGGUGCCUAUUACAGAGAAAGAAUCUAAAGUUCAUAAUUAUGGCAUAACAAAAGAUGAUUGUUUUGCUCAUCUUGAACUUGGAUUCAAAUUUUUUGCACUAAGUGAUGAAGUGAGUGGUGUUUUGGGCCAAACUUAUAGAAGGAAUUAUGUGAGCAGAGUGAAGAUGGGUGCUUUGAUGCCUGUAAUGGGAGGCGUCAGAGAAUUUUCAGUUUCAGAACUCUUUAACGUUGAUUGCUCUGUCGCUAAGUUUCAAUCAGUAAACGAAAUCAACGAGAGUUCCUUGAAUAAUGUGGAGAUGCCUAGCUUGAGAUGCAACAGUGGAAUUUAUGGACAUGGUGUUGUCUGCAAGCGCUAG